AUGGUUGGCUCGUUCGCUAUGCUCUCCAUGGCAAGACGUCCUGUCGGUUUACGCAUGGCAAUUCCUACACUUCACUCUGUCACCUCCGAGUGUUUCAAGGUUCACUCUGCGCUAUACCACUCGUGGCACAAGCCCUGUAUAGACUUCCACCUUAUGCACUCGCUCGCACACAUAAGACCACAGGCGCAUGACCGCCGUGAUGCGACUCCCUACACCUCUUCCAAGUCCUCCCUCGCCCUCGCAGUCAUGUCUCUUGGUAGCAAGGGCACCGACGUCUCACGAAGUAGCCCAGGUACUGGCUCGUCGCCCACUGUCCACGAGCAAGGCUUCGAACUGCCGUAUACCCCGAAUGGAGAGACCAUCACGCCGCGGCGAAUACCGCGCAAGCGGCGUUUCAUCAUGAGGAGUCUCUGCAGUUUGCCAAUGCUCCUGCAUCUUGGCGUCCUAGCGAUUUAUAUCGCUCUCUGUGUCAUCUGGUCUCAACGGGUCGAACGCAGAUGGGAGAUAUCGCUGGAUUACUCUGUCUUCUUUCAAGGUCUUAACAUCGUUAGCCAUUUCAUCAUGCUCGUUUUCUCGAUAUCUAUCACAGCCACCAUGCAACGAGUGGCAACGCACGCGGCAUUCCGUGACUUACCCCAGUCCCUUACCAUGCUGUCCGACAAGAUGGUCGCCUGGAAUAGCUUAGGCUCCGCUUUGGUCAACCUCUACCAUAACAUCCGACGGCCAGCGGCCCUAUCACAAGUCUUUCUCAUUACGUCCUAUUUCGCUGCACUAUCCGGGCUGGGCCUAACUUCUUCCUACCUCUUUGUCUUCCCAACGAUCAACGGCACCGACAGCCAGUACACCGCAACAACUGUGUUGACGUUAGGGAGUGUCCCUGUGGAAGCUCUUCUUCCCCCCAGCAUAUCCAACACUCCCUCGAACUUCUCUAGUAUACGCUUUGAUUGGUACAUGGCCAGUAUGGCCCUUCAGAGUCGUUUUUACGUGAAUGAGGAGUCUCUGCCCGGCAUGGACCCGAACCGCAGCCGCAUUUUCGACGGUGUUACCGAGCUCUUGGACCCUUAUUACACGGGACACGCCAAUGUCAGUUAUACUGACUUCCAUGCCAAGUGCGGGAGUGUACCGGGCAUAUCGAUUGCUGCGUUCGCUCUAGAUAGCCCAGCCUCGCAAACCAGUCCUACGUCCGUCGAUGGAUUGCCCACCGCCCUUGCGAUCAACUACACUCUCGGCCCUUACUCGUUGAGCCUCUUCGACAGCAUGAACAUCUCAACCUCUAACGCCUCUACUACGAUCCAUGGCCUAUGGCAGCCCUCUGACAUUCUGAUACGUGUUCCGAGUAGCCCUAUCAUGGCGGAUAUGGGGCGAAAUGUGGUUCUCUACAACAUCUAUGAUGACGCCGACCGAUCAUAUGGCAGUCGUCCUAUCGUCGACGCUGACGGCAAUAAGGGGUCGCUGUGGCCACUCAACGUGCAACUACGCGACGGCACUACACUUCCCACUGGGUUGAUCGUACAAGUCAUUGGAUGUUCGUUGUCAACGACGAACGGAACAGCUGUACUGGAUGUCACCAGGAAUCGACUAAUCGAUCAAGACUAUUAUGCGCCAUACAACGCCAGCACCAGCGUAUGGGGAGAAUGGAGUCCAGACCUCAACAGCUCAACUGCCUUGGAAGAUAUGUGGGCCUCCAUGUUUCUUACCGGCAAUUCAGUCCCUCUUUGGCGCGAUCAGCUCAACCCUCCGGACAACGCGCAGUGGUCUUGUCUUAACUUGGUUCCGAUGGGCAGCAACUCUACGAUAAGUUCCGGAGAUCUGCAGGGCAUGUCUGAGUAUUGCCAUGUUCCCACAAUCAUGGAAUCCUAUCUUACCAUGGGAACAUUCGGUGGUGAUGGCCCCAACUCCAUUAUCCCUUUGGGAUGGCUCGAAGAUGCUCUCGCAAGCGCCACCGCUUUGAUGGUGUGGUCCGCUGGGGCAGUCGAUAACACACUCACGACAUAUACGACUCAGCCCCCCAUCACGAGUCGUACUGUCCAGACUACUCUUAGCAACGUGACUGUCAACUACCAUUGGCUUGUCGGGCGUGUCGACUUCCGUGUUCCCCUGCUGCUCCUCGGAACCGCCUUGGCUGUGAUCUUGACGGCGCUCGCAGCCUACAUAUUGGGCUCAACUGAGGUAUCCGAGGACGGUGCACCGCUCGACGACGUCAAGCUGCUGAGCCUCAUGACCCUCAACAACUCCGCCGUGGUAUCGCGUCUACGCAAGCAUAAAACGGAUACCACCCAAGCGCGGCGAGAAGCAGGAUUGUUCCCAGUGAAGGUUGUAGGCCAUCAAUUCGUUCCGGCAAACGGAACGGAGACGGAACACGACGAAGACACGUCGCAAGAGGUGCUGUUGGCUAGAUUCAACGAGGAAGAGGAGAAGGGCAUGGGUACAUUAUGA